UGUACCAUUACUUUUCCAGCGGUGAUUAGUGAACAAACAACCUACCCAAUCAUGAUUUACUCGCGCGGAUUUAUUACAAUCUUCCUGGCGACGUCACUAUUGGCAAUCGGCAGCGCAUCUAGGCGACUGACUUGCGAUCACUGUUCCGUUACCACCAAUUGGAACGACUGUGAACGUCUAGCGAAACCGGCGGAAUGUGGUGUUCUGCUGACAAAUGAUUUGCACUUUCAUCUGGGCACGCUGAAUCCGAGCCUGCCACUUUCACGGCCCGCGGAUCGUCGAUACAAGUGCUACAGUAUUGAACUGAACCUAAACUUUGUGCUAGGCCCCAGCCGAAUGGUUUAUCAGAAGGGUUGCACCUACGAAGAGGCUCACUUUUGCGAUGGUUGGAACACUGUUCCGGUAAAUUCGGUGAUCUGUAGUACCAACAGCACGGGAGUGGCACCAAUUGAUGACUGAGGAUUUGCCUCUGAGCGGCGAGGCAUUCAUUUUGAUUUCACCUGAGCUUCGGUUUCAAUUUAA